UAAAUGUAGGCAGUAAAGAGUACAUUUCCCUCUGAAAUAUUGAAGUAAUACUAAUAAAUGCAAGUAUCACUGUCUUCAUUUUAUAAGUUUUAAUGCAAACAUCCAGCAUCUUUUAAUCAACUUGAUAGCUAUAUAUACUCUAUAAUGGAUGUAAUGUCUGUUUUGUAUAACAGGAGAACUCCAUGAAUGAUGAAAUCCUAAGAUCUCUGAAGUAUGUCCGCCCAGGGAAUGGCUUUGAACCAAAAUUCCAGCUCCUAGAGAAGGUGAAUGUGAAUGGAAAAGAUGCCCAUCCCUUGUUUGUGUUUCUGAAGGAAAAGCUUCCAUUUCCCAGUGAUGAUGCCACUGCCCUCAUGAAUGAUCCAAAGUUCAUCAUUUGGAGCCCAGUGUGUAGAAAUGAUAUCUCCUGGAACUUUGAGAAGUUCCUGGUCACUCCUGAUGGGGAGCCGUACAAGCGCUACAGCAGAAAUUUCCUCACCAUUGACAUUGAAGCGGAUAUUCAAGAGCUACUCAAAAAGAUCAAGUAAAGUGUGCUAC